UCCGCUGGGCGGGGGCAAUAGGUAGACCAGGGUGGCCCCGCCCCGACUCGAAUAAAAUAGGGAGUGGGGUGUCUCGCUUUCUUUACCAUCUCUGGAAAUCUUCCGUCUGCACACUUCCAUCUUCUCUCCUUCAGCAAUUCUCUGCUGCAAGUGAAGGGACGUGUGCGUGAAUGCAGGAGUGAAAUAUCAAUGGCCGGCUUGAAACUUAUUAAUACACUUGAGAUGAAGGAACUACCGAGAACGAAGAAACUAAUAUGAGUUAAAACGUCAAAUAUCAAACGAAUGGGCUGCUAAGGAUCUCCAGUGGUGACUUUGAGUUUGUAUCUGAGACCUCAGGCCAUCCACAAGACUUGUUGAGCGGGUCAGGAUGCCCAUUCCUCCCCCUCCACCCCCUGGAGGCCCCCCUCCACCCCCAACCUUCAGCCAGGCCAACACCACCCCACCUAAGCUCAACCGAGAUGAGGCCAAAGGCAGAGGAGCCCUGCUCGGUGACAUCCACAAAGGGGCCAAGCUGAAGAAGGUCGGCGUGGUAAAUGACAGGAGCGCACCCAUCUUAGAAGAGCCUAAAGGAGAUGGGGUUAGUAAUGUAGGCGGAGGAGGCUCGUCAGGGGUCAUUCAGCCGAUGGGUGGUCUUUUCCAGGCAGGUGUGCCUAAAUUGCGACCAGUCGGAGAUGGUUCGGUUGGCAGGUCAGCCCUGACGCCUCCUGGCGGGCGCCCUGCUGCUCCUCGUCCCCCCGGACCCCCUGUUCGCCAGGACAACACAGACUGCUCAGCCCUACAGGCCUCUCCCCCGGAGCACUCCCGAUCCCAGAGGCCCUCCCUCCCCGACCUCUCCCGCCCCCUCAGCGGAGGCAGCCCUAACAGUGGCAUGAAGCACAGCUCCUCCGCCCCUCCACCUCCUCCCCCUUUCUCUCGCCGGGGCAACGCACCCCCUGCCCCGACUCAGAAGGCGCCACCACCCGCCCCCUCCUACAACCGGGAGAAGCCCCUCCCUCCCACGCCAGGACAGAGGGGGACUUCCCCGGUGCCGACCCGCAACAGUGCCCCUCCACCCCCUUCUCCCAACAACAACCGGCGGCCCCUGACGUCAGGGGGCUCCUCUGCAUCCUCCUCUUCCUCCUCUCUGGGUCCUCCCCCGUACCGCCAGCCCAUGACCAACGGCCCCUCCAGCCCGGUUAACGAAGCCGCCCCGGAGCUACCUCAGAGACACAACUCCCUCAGCAAGAAGCCGUCGCCCGGACCUGGACACACUCCAACCCGUGGGCAAGCGCCACCCCCGCCUCCCUCCCCCUCCCCGCCAGGCGGCCGCCCACCCCCUCCAGUCCGUGAGCCCCCCGGUAGAGGAGCAGCUCCACCCCCGCCUGGGUCGACUCAACGAAACGGUGGUCGGGAUGCCCCCCCUCCACCACCCCCCUACAGAGGUAGCCCUUCAGAGCCUCAUAGCCGUGGCAAGCCCCCCCCUCCUCCCUCCCGUACCCCUGCCGGUCCCCCGCCCCCUCCCCCACCUAUCCGCAAUGGACACACCUCCAUUUCCCGCUCCUUCGUAGAUGACUUUGAGUCCAAGUAUUCUUUCCACCCUCUGGAUGACUUCCCUGCUCCAGAGGAGUACCGGCACUUCACCAGGAUCUACCCCAGCAAAGCCAACAGAGUGAUGAGGGGAGCUCCUCCUGCACCACCUGUGGGAAGGUGAACACUGAGACUACGUGACUUCUAGUGUACAGGAGACGAGGGACACACACACACACAUACACACAACUUUCUCACAUGGAACCUACAGCAUAUAACAUAUACAUGCUUCUCAUUUGACAACAUUUCACUUAAGCUCCAUAACCAUUAACUCACUCGCUCGCCCUUAAAUUGCCCAGGAAUUUUUUCUGUGGCAGUCUCACUCCAUUUGGAGGUGGAGUUUGGCAGCUUACUUAUGCCAUUCCCAGCCUGUGUCCGUGUGGGUGAACUUGCCCUGUUUUAUCACAAAGGCAUAGUGUUUCCAGGCUCGUGUGUGUGGAUGGGGAACACUUUGACACCGGUAUGAAAGACAUUCAUCUCCAUACCACGUCAGAGUAUGCACUGUGAUGAGCCCACAUCACCAUGAAACGGGAGAACACCAGUCAGUUGUCUACCUGUAAGAAGAAACCAGUGACUCUACAGCCUGGUCCUAACAGCAGUGACUCUACAGCCUGGUCCUAACAGCGGUGACUCUACAGCCUGGUCCUAACAGCGGUGACUCUACAGCCUGG